CACGAGUCCAGUCCUGAAUUGACGACCCACCGCAAAUCCUGCCGAGAAUUGCGGAGAGACAUUUAUCUUCCCAGUUUGAAUUUUAUUGUGCACGUUAAAAAUUAAAAUUGAGAUUGACCGGUUUUCAUUUUGUUUGAUUUUGUUUAGCUGACAGAAUUUGGAAGCAUCUUUCUGAGAAAAUGGUGCAGCCUCCAGUCCUCGACAGCGUCAUCGUGGGUGCCGGUUUUGCCGGGUUGUACACCCUCUGGAAACUCCGCGAGUUAGGAUUUUCCACCAAAAUCUUGGAAAUGGGAUCUGAUAUCGGUGGGACUUGGUAUCACAAUCGCUACCCCGGAGCUCGAGUGGACAGCGAAAUUCCAAUCUAUCAACUUUCCAUGCAGAAAGCCUGGUCAAGUUUCGAAUGGAGCGAGAAGUUCCCCGCGAGAGAAGAAAUCCUCCGAUAUUUCGAACACCUCGAUAAAACCCUCGACCUCCGAAAAGACAUCGAAUUCAACACUCUCGUCGUAUCUGCCACCUUUGACGAAUCCCGACAUCUCUGGGAAGUCAAAACUUCGUCUGGAUCAACCAUCUUGGCCACCCAUUUGAACUUAUGUAUCGGGUUUUCCGCUCGAAAAUAUAGUCCCACUUUCCCUGGCCAGGAAACAUUUAAAGGAAAGAUCUUCCACUCUGCCAACUGGCCAAAAAACCAGGACGCCGACUUGACCGCGAAACGUGUCGCCGUGAUCGGCACGGGAGCUUCCGGUAUUCAAAUCAUCCAAGAAAUCGCACCCAUCGUCGACCAUCUCACGGUGUACCAACGAACCCCGAAUUUUGCUUUGCCCAUGCGCCAAACUAAAUCUCGCGACGCCCCCUUCGCCAAUGUAUCCGGUUACGGCGACAUCUUCAAAAUAAUGCCGACCACCUUCGGCGGCAUGAGUAUGGACUUCACCCCGAAAAAGUGGGAUGAAACGAUUCCCCAAGAAAGGCGGGAUCUGUACGAGAAAUGCUAUCAACUUGGCGGCUUCAACCUCUGGUUGUCCACUUAUGUCGAAGUAUUUUUCAAUCAAACCGCCAACGAUGAAGUUUACGCUUUCUGGCGGGACAAAGUGAGACAGCGAGUAAAAAAUGAGGCAACCCGAGAUUUACUUGCCCCUAUGGUACAACCACACCCCUUCGGGACGAAACGACCCUCACUGGAACAAUCCUAUUACGAAGUCUUUAACCAGGAUAACGUCGACCUUAUCAAUGUUAAGGAGUCGCCAAUCCUGGAGAUUACACCGACCGGGAUUAAAACGGCGGAUGGGCGUCACGUUGAGGUCGACGUGAUCGUUUUAGCGACCGGGUUCGACACCAGUACUGGAGGAAUGCUGGAUAUUUCGAUCAAAAAUGGGGAGGGGUUAACCCUCCCGGAAAAAUGGGGGGACGGAACGUCCACAUUUUUGGGGGUGACGAUGCAUGGAUUUCCGAACAUGUACUUCAUCUAUGGACCGCAAGCUUCGACGGCGUUUUCGAACGGACCGACCUGCAUCGAAAUUCAGGCGGAUUGGAUGAUCGACCUGAUGGUGGAUAUGCGCGCAAAGAAGAGGACGCGCGUGGAGGCGGAGAAGGGCGCGGAAGACGACUGGGUCGCGAUGGUGCGGCACAUUUGGGAAAUUAGCUUGUUCUGGAAGGCAGAGUCGUGGUAUCAAGGGGCAAAUAUUCCGGGGAAGAGGAAGGAAGCGUUGAAUUUUGCGGGGGGAAUUCCCGCCUAUAGGAAGGCGUUAGGUGAGUGUAAGGACGAGGGGUAUAAGGGGCUACAAUUUAAGUGAUAGUUUGUAAAAGCAAGUUCAUGACACUCUUAAAAAUAAUGUGAGCCUUUUGAAAAUUAAACACUCAAUUAAAUAUUAAGUAAACCAUGCAUCUUAAAUCUAGGCAUAGUAAAUUUUGCUGUUUAUCAUAAGUUUUUAAAGUUAAACGAGGAGAGGAAAAUCUGUCGAGAAAAGAUUAUCACAAAUUUCUUAUUACUUCUUACAAGGUGUCAAAAGUUAGUGUCAAAAAGCCUAUGAAAAUCAUUGAGGGUAUUCAUAACUCCUUAAUUUUCUUCGUACCGUACAAUAAGUUACGACGGUUAUGAAUGAAAUUUUGUAAGAUUUUGUGCUCGAAAAUCACGUCACUAUGCGAUUUUUACGAAGUUUGAACCCUUGUUUUUCUUCGUAAACUAUUUUAUCAUACUAAAAAUACGAAUAAAAAAUGAAUACCCUGACUGUUUUUUAUGUGGAAGCAUGUAUCUUAAUAAUUAAAUGAGAGAUUAUAGGAAAACAUUUUUCAUAAACUUAAAGCAGGUAAAUACAUAAGAAACUUGAGGUUGUAAAUUUUACGAAGUCCUGAAAGUUUAGGCAGGUACCUGAUGAAUGAGAGAGGUUCUACUUACUUAAUUUCAUAAAAUUGAACGCGUAUUGUCUAGAAAUAAAAUUAUUGUACGCACAUUUUCUCAAAUCUAUUCAUGUUUGUAAAUAUAAAAAGUACAUACGUGUAUGUAAAAAUAUUAGUAUUAUUUAACUAUUGGCAUUGCCUUUGAAGACAAAAUGUUACUAUGUAUAUGUACAUACAUACAUACAAUUAUGAAAUGAAACAAAAAAAAUAAACUCUUGGGUUUACAAAAUAUUUUCAUUAUGUUUGACGUAUUUAUCACAUAUCUAGAUAAUUAUAAGCAUCUUGAGUCAAGAUGCUUAUAAUUAUCUAUUUUUAAGGCUAAAAAAUGCUUGUCAAGAUUCUUGACAAGCAUUUUUAUCAUAGCACAAGAAAAUUGACUCGCAAUUCUUAAUCUGGACCAAAAAAUUACAAAACGAUGUUAGACCAUGUCGAUAACUAGAAAUCAAUAAGAGAAUAAAUAUUUGACCAGAAAAUGCGCAAAAAUUAAUAUAUUUUAUUUGACCUCAUCUAAAAUGACCCAGAUAUAAUAUUUUUAGCUACAAUUUAGACAUCCAUGUUCAACAUACAUGUAAUAUUUCAUAAGUAUUAUAAAAUUUACAAAGUUGACAACUUGUAAA